UUUUUCAAAACAUGCAAAAAAUGAUUUACAUCAACAUCACGAGUAAAAUGAAAUUACUUGGUUCAUUUUUUUCAAUUUUGUUCAAUUUAAAGAACGCAAGAAUGUAUUAUUAUUGCAUUUUUCUGGAUGUUUGAUGUAAACAUAAGAUGAUCCUCAACAGCUUCGAGAUUUAAAGCUUCAAUAUAAUGUGUUUAAUGCUUCGAUAAAUUACUGAAGUUUUAUCUCAAUGAAAAAUGAACUCUCCAGCGGUUCCUCCGUUAAUCCCUACCCUCAGAGUUCAAUGCGAUGAAUGUGGAAAACAUUUUUGUAAUAAAUCUAAUCUUCAACGCCACUAUAAAAGGAUCCACGUAGAAAAAAAAGAUGAUGCAUUAAUCUGUGAUAUCUGUCGGAAGAUAACCUUUAGCAAAAGAAGUUUCCGAAAACACUGGCGUACAUCUCAUGUUCCUGAUAAGAAAUCUAGGCGGUUUACACUGACAUGUCCCAUUUGUAAGCAAUUCUUCUCUACGCCCAAAAUUCAGAAACAUUUCUUCCUCGACCACGAUAUAAAAUACGAAGAAACCACGCAUAUGUUUCAAAGUGAAGAAUCUUUUCAAAAUUGGAAAAAGAAUAUCGAAGACGACACCCUGUCCAAGUUUGUUUUGAAAUACACUCGCCUGAAAAAAAAGGAAAAAGAAUCGAAAUAUAUUUGCCAUAGAUCAGGUAUAUUCCGAAGUAUCUCCAAAGGCAUCAGACAUCUGAGAUCUCGAGGAUCGAAGAAAAUCAACGGUUACUGUCCCGCUUCCAUGAUCUGCCUUAAAUCGGACGAAGGGAUUUGUGUCAAAUACAUUCAUACUCACGUUGGACACGAUAACGAAAGCGAUUUUUGUCAUAUUAGUUUAUCGCAAACGAUACGAGAAGAGAUAGUGGAGAAACUUAGACAAAACGUUUCGAAGCAUGUUAUACUCGAAGAUAUUCGUAAUUCGUGUGGUAAACAAUUACGAAGAGAACACAUUAUCACUUUGAAAGAUAUAGAUAAUAUUGCUACUAAAUAUAAUAUCACGACUAGCGAAGGAAGAGCAGAUUACACCAAAACGAAUAAUCAUUUGACUAUCGACGAACUCCAAAAAGAGCCUAAUUCUCUGAUACUUUUUUAUAAACCUCGAGGAAAAGCGAUGAACAAAGAGCUUCGGUUCUUGAAUAAAAAUGAUUUUGUUUUAAUCGUCAUGAAUUCGGCUCAAGCCGACGUCUUGAAGAACUACGGUAAAGAAGUAAUAUGUAUCCAUGGAACAACCGGUUUCACAGACGACGAUUUCAAUUUAUUUUCGCUCGUUGUUUUGGAUGAUAUUCACGAAGCGUUUCCUUGCGCUCUACUCGUAAGCAAUCGAACAGAUGAGGAAAUUUUUACAUUUUUCUACAAAACUAUCAAAGAGAAACUUGGAAUUAUAAAUUCAAAGGUAUUCAUGUCCGACAUGGCGGACGAAAUUUAUAAUUCUUGGGUAAACGUAAUGGGUUCCGUUGAAUUACGACUGUAUUGUUCGUGGUACGUAGACAUAGCCUGGAAAGAUCGCCUGAAACACAUCAAGAACGCAGAAAAGCGAAAAAACGUACAUGAGUAUUUGAAAACGCUUUUAUACGAGUUGGAUGAAAACAAAUUUGCCGAUUUAUUAGAAGAAGCCGUCGAUGUGUUUCAAAAUGACGAGUAUUUCGAAGAAUUUGGAGCGUAUUUUAUAAGCAAUUUCGCCGAAACUGCCAAGCACUGGGCUUACUGUUACCGAAAAAAUACUGUGAUCAAUACUACCAACCCGAGCAUAGAAAGGAUGCAUAAAAAAAUUAAAUACUUGUAUUUAAAAGGUAGAGAAGUCGGUAACUUGGAUCAAUCUAUGUAUUUCUUGAUACGGUUCAUUCGACACAAAUUAUUCGAUCGGCUUACCGUUCUGUACAAGAAGAAAGUAUCGCAAAAGAUGAAGAUCCUUAGAAAACGUCACGCCGAUUGGAAAACCGUUCAAGUUACCAGCGAAAACGACGAUUUAGAAAGUUUUCUAGCUACAUCGAAUGAUAAAGCGUAUCGUGUUGUACGAAAUAUUUUCAAAUGUAACUGCAAAAUGUUCUGUUCGGAAUGUCAAACUUGCAUUCAUCAUUAUUUGUGUACUUGUUCGGAUAACGCUGUUGAAUGGAACAUGUGUCGUCAUAUUCACGCUGUUAGUCAAUUCGUCAAUAAUAACGAGACAACCGAUAUCGAAUAUAUCGACGUUUCCGAGAUAAUACUUUCUAGCGAUGAUGAUACGAUGGGCUGUAUUGAAGCUGACGACGAUUUGAUCAUUUUUGACGAAGUUUCCGUCGAUGAAAUUACGUCGAGUGGAGAACCGAAUGUGAAUUUCGAAAAUCGAAUACAAACUGAAGAGAAAAUUACAUCAGAUAAAUUCAGCUCUGGGACACCAACGGUGAAUUCUAAAAUUCAGCGACAGACGGAAGAGAGUACGAUGAAUAAAUCAACCGUGAAUCCUCAGAAACCUCGACAAAAACAAGAUAUCGUCAAAGAUGAAGAACUGAAAGCGAUUUUCUACGAAAUUUUAGAAAAUACGAAAACAAAAACCGCCCGUGCAGAUUUUCUAGAAGUUUUGAAUAUGUUUAGAGAAAAUUUAUUCGAAGAAAACCAGGCGACUGCUGAAAAUGAGAAAAGAAACGUAGCCAAACAACGAUGAUCUACGCUACUUACCUCCCUCCUCCCUGCGAUUAUAUGAUUUUUUAAUAAGAAUUAUUAUUUAUACGUAUUAAUAAUUCGUUUCCAGAGAUUUUUUUGUUUAUCGAUGUUCCAUUAUUGGAUUUGAGGAGCUCAUUGCAAAAGUAGCCCUUGUCACAUGAACUUUUAGACACGUUUUACUCGAUUGCACCUAUUGCCAACAGCGGAGAUCAUGUUGUAAUGAUGAAAUGACCGUCAAGUUAGUCUACCCUGAGUAGCCCUGAGAGUAAUUGCUUUAUAGAGUUUACAUUCAUGAUACUGGGUACGCUCAAGGGAGAGCUUUGGAGAUUGCAUAGGUUCAUGUGACAAGGGCUACUUUUGCAAUGAGCUCCUCAUUUUUAUUAAUUUAUUGUCUUGUUCGUUCCUGUGUUUAAUUCGACGAUUAUUCAAUUUGAGUUAUUACAAACGUUGUUGUCGUUGUUUCCUUGAA